CCCCCGGGGGCGCGCGCUGGCACUGGGGCUCACAGCGGCCGCUCCCUGGUGUGUUGUUGCUGUGGGCUUCAGGGGACCCGCCUCCUGAGGAGCCGCCGCGCUCGGACCCUUUCCUGGAGGGCAGCAGAGCGGCCAGGAUCGCCUGCAGAGCACAGGUGUGCCACCCGGAUGGGGACAUGUCUAACUCGCCCCGGAAGAGCAGCUGCCAGCCCCGCCCUGCCUGGCCACCUGGGCAGACACAAGGGCCGCCAUGCCGCUGCCUUUGGAACCAGCCCUGAGUGAGCUUGUGGUGCGCAAGGAAGAGGAGUGGCGGGCGCUGCAGGCCCAGCAGAGCCAGCUGCAGGCGGCCGCGCUGCAGGAGGCUCAGGGGCGGCUGCAGAAAGCGCAGGGCGAGCUGCGGUGCCUGCGGGAGGACUUUGUGUACAACCUGAAGCUGCUGGAGGAGCGAGACCUUGAGCUGGACCGCUACGACACAGCCUUUGCCCAGGCUCGCCAGCUGGAGGGCAUGCGGCAGGCCGAGCUGAGCGAGCUCAAGAUCCAGGUGGCCAAGCUGCGGCAGGCGCUGUCCAGGGAGACCCAGAAGGUGGAGGACUUGAAGCAGCAGCAGCAGCGGACAUGGCAGGAGCACCGCCUGCAGCUGGAGCAGCUCCACAGUGACAAGAACAGUGUGAUGGACCAGCAGCAGGAACAAUAUGCCAGGCUGAAGUGGAAGCUGGAGAAGAAGCUGCAGGAGCUGGACAAGGAGCUGGCAUUGCAGAAGCAGGAGCUGCUGCUGGACUUCGAGUCGGAGCUGCAGAGGCGGGAGCGCGAGUUCCACCUGAGGGCAGACAACAUGAGACAGACGGUCCUGGCCAAUGAGCUCAAGGUGCGCGUGCUGAGCCAGGAGCUGCAGGCCAUGAAGCAAGCGGGUCAGCGGGCCACAGAGUCACUGCGGGACGUGGAGGCGGCACGCACAGAGCUGCAGGACGAGCUGCAGCGAAGGGACUGGGCCAUCCGGGACGUCACUGCCGUCAAGGAUGCCCGGAUCAAAGACCUGGAGGACCAGCUGCAUGCAGCGCAGCUUACCCAGAAGAAGGAGGAGGAGGCUUUCCAGAGGAAGCACGAGGAGCUGGACCGUUUGGCCCGGGAGAGGGAUGCGGCGCUGGUGGCGGUGAAGGAGGCCCACGUGGAACAGCUGCGGGUGCUAGAGGCCCGGAUCCAGGAGCUGGAGGCGCAGUGCCAGACGCUGGAGCGGCAGCUGCGCAGGGCUGAGUGGGAGCGGGAGGACGCUGCCCAGGAGAAGGACGCGCUCAUUAACAAACUCCGCGAGGACGCUGCCAACCUGAAGCUCGGCUGGGACACGCAGAUGGCCCAGCUCUCCCAGGAGGCUGUCACCAAGGAUGUGCGGCUGCAGGCGCUGCAGGAGGAGGAGGUGAAGCUCAAGGCCCAGCUGGCUGGGUGCCAGCGGGAUGUGGACAGGUACCGGCAGCAGCUGGCGCAGGCGGUGGGCAGGGAGCAGAGUCUGCAGCGCGACAAGACCCAGGUCGAGCUGGACUGGCAGCGGCGCUGUGACGACGUGGAGCGGGAGCUGCACCGCCGCGCCGAGGACCUGGUGCAGGGGCUGACCACAGCCCGGGAGCAGGUGGCCGCCCGGCUGCAGGAGGCGGAGCGGCUGCUGUGUGAGAGGGAGGCCGUGGUGAAGGCCGUGAGCCUGGAGCGGGACCAAGCCCUGCAGGCCUUGAGGGCACAGAGCUGCGCCUCCCUCCUGGACAGCGAGAAGGACGUGCAGGUGCCCCUCAGACCCCAGGGCGCAGACGACACGGGGUUCCCCUCCUCGGAGAUCCAGCGACUGCAGGAGCACAACACCAGCUUGCGGGGCGCCAUCUCCCAGAUGAGGCAAGAGAUGGAGACGCUGAGCAGCCACCUGGCCACACAGGCCCCCCAGCCGGCCACCUCCCCACCCGAUUACGUGCUGGGCCUGGAGACGGAAAUAGAAAGUCUGAAGAGUAAAUUCCAGCGCCUGGAAGCGCAGCUGAAAGGUGUGGCCGACUCUCCUGAGCCGCUGGCCGGCGCCGCCCUGGAGGCCUGUGCUGGAGCCGGGCCUGCGGGAGGCAGCGUGGGACUGGCACUGAGGAGCCUGGGAGAGAGGGCGCAGCUCCUGAGCUUCCUGGUGACCCAGCUCAGACAGAAGGUGCUGCAGGAACCCCCAGACCUGGACGCCAUCCGCUGUGAGCUGCCCUGCCGGGUGGACCAGGUGCACCUGGAGGUGCGGGAGCUGCAGGGGCAGGUGGCCGAACUGGAGAAGCACCUGGGGACCAGCAGCGAGGAAGGCCGCGGUGUUCCCAGCGGGCAGCAGCCAGCCCUCGGGAAAGAGGGCUCUUGUGAGGAGCAGAGGACCCAGGUGCGCGAGGUGCAGGGCCAGCAGCCCCUGCCGCCCUCGGGGAUGCUCCGGCUCCAGCAGAGGCUGAAGGAGGCAGCCAGGAGGAUCCAGCGGCUCCGCCUGGAGAAGGAACAGCUCCUGGAGCUGGGGAACAGACUCCGGGCCCAGCAGGGCCAGCCCCCAGGAACACGUCGCCGCCCCACCUGCUGCAGCCCACAAGACGCGUGCUCAGCUCAGGAGCAAGCCAGCUGUGCCCCUCAGGAGGACUGCGGCAUCCCCACUGCCAACACACACCGAUGUACCCCCGAGAAAGAGAGCCAGUCUCCAAAGCCAGGCUGCGCCCCGAGUCCCCCUGAGAAUGGCCACCCGGCCCAGAAACCAUGCUCUCUGGCCAGCAGCCCCCUCCAGGACGUGUGGAACAUCCUGGACCUGGGCUCCAGCCCCUCGGACUUCGCCUCCCCACACGACUCUGCUCCAGAGUUGGUGCCAGCAGCUGGGCCCACCAGGACCCCCUCCUGCAGCGGUCAGCCUGCCUUCGCACUCCAAGGCGUGAAGAUAGACCCACAGGCCAAGGCCAGGCCCCCCAGGCCCCUCCGGCCCAGGCUUCGUCCUCAGAGCCUCCUGCCGCCCCCCAAGAUCCGCAACUACAACUUCAAGGACUGACUCCCUGCGGCCCGCUCCUGCCCACCCGUCCCCCCAGUGCUCCAACCUGUGCUUCACUCUCCACGCUGGUGUCUGCUCAUGAGUGUGUGCGGCUGGGGCGGUGAGCCCCUUUCGCCCUCGUCCUACUUGGGCAACUGGCCUCCGCCUGACCGCCACCACCCGACUGUCCCUGCCCACAGCCACCUGCGUGCUGGUGGGCGUCAGCCCGUGGACACAGCGUGGGUGUAGGUGACCCUGCCUGGAGUCAGGCGGCCCCCAGCAGUCCCAAAUUCCAUCGGGCCUCUCUGGCCCUCUCAGCCCCCACCUGGACAUCUCUGCAACUCUCACCCCGCCUGGGGCACAGACGUGAGGGGCCGCCCCAGGAUGCAGUGCCAGCGGUUUCCACUCAGGGGACUCCAGUCCAGGCCCACCUUGUGGCGCUGCCCAGCUGGAUGCAUCUGGCGUGUGGGGGGGACAGAGAGGUACAGAACCCCACUAGGCAGUGCCUGGAGAAGGCCCUUCCACCUGCUGGAGCAGGAAAGAGCAGCCAUGGAGGAGGUGGUCAUCGCCGGCCUGUCCGGGAAGCUGCCCGAGUCGGACAACAUCCAGGAGUUCUGGGACAACCUGGUGGGCGGCGUGGACAUGGUGACGGAGGAUGACCGGCGCUGGAAGGCGG